AUGGUAGAUCCCCCCGUGCUCGACUCGGAGAUGGCCCGGCCGGCAGCGACAGCUGGCCCCGCUGCCUCGACGCGCUCGACCGGCGCAGAGGCCUCCGCAGCACAGGUCCCCCUGCACCCCUCGUCUCCUCCCUCGCCCGCCACCACUUUUCCUACCACCACCAUCGACGACGACGACGACGACGCCACCGCCACAGCAUCGACGUCUCGCACCCCUCCAUCCACCAUCGCCGGCGGCGAAGCAGCCGCCUCGUCGUCUUCCUCGCUGCAUCCGACCGACCACCGUCACCGCCACCGUCACACCGGCAGCGGCAACAACGACCAAGGCAUCGUGAGCGUCACGGCACCGAGCAACGACGACGCCGCCAUCGCCUCAGCCUACUAUCCGUCGACGGCCAUGGCCUCGCUCAGCGUCGCCACCCCGCCAGCCACCUGGACCCCGGACCCGAUGCUUGCACACACUUCUCAGCGAGCGCACGCGGACGUCGACCUGGCCCCUCCGGCGGCCGCCGACGGUACGUCAUCGCCGCCACCGCCGCCGCCGCUCUCCUCGGCGUAUGUGCAGCCGCCCGCGUCCAACGUCACCGCCACCGAGACCUCGGGCGACGGCUGGUCCAUGGUGCCCAGGACGGAUGCCAGCUACCAAGGCAGGGAUCCGGCCGAGCCAACCAACCGCCGAUGCGUCCCCACCGGCAGCGGCGCCGACCCGGCGUUCCCGGACGUCGCCUUUGGCGAGCGUGCAUCGCCGGCCGUCAUCUCGUUCCAGCGUGCCACGGGCGCUCGCGGCCACGGUCGCGGUCGGGGCGGCAGCCGUGCCCUCACGCCGGCCGGCCUGUCGCCCGCUCGCGUCGACGGCAGCCCGAACCCGUCUGGCCUGCACCGAGGCGGCCUGCGUGGCCUCGACGAGAGCCUGGACCUCGCCAUGAGCAAGGUCGAUGCCGCCUCGUCGUCGCCGGCCAGCCCUGCCGACGCCAAACCGGGUGCAGCUAUCCCCGCCGCCGCCGCCCACAACUCGAGCACGCCCCUCGUCCCGCCCGCCACACGCAAGCUGUGCGUCCGGCACCAGAGGAUGGCCGACGAGGGCACCACUGCGCGGCUGCAAAAGUCGAUCGAGAGCCUGCCGCUCGCCGACCAGACGGCCGUCAACACGGUGUGGUCGCUCUUUUCCUCGUCGUCGCACUCGAGGCGCGCGCUGAUCCUGCAGGGCAUCCUGACCAUGUGCUGCUUUAGCCAGCUGUCGCUGCUGUCGUCGGAGCUGGCGCUGGCGAUCCGCAUCGACCCGUUCUCGCUCUUCCCGCGCGAGGUGUCGCUCAAGGUGCUCGGCCACCUCGACGCCAUCAGCCUCGGACGCGCCGCCCAGGUCAGCCGGUCGUGGAAGCAGCUGGCCGACGACGACCUGCUCUGGCGCAACAUGUGCGAGCAGCACAUCGAGCGCAAGUGCGAAAAGUGCGGCUGGGGCCUGCCGCUGUUGAGCGAGCGCAGGCGCCGCGUGCCCGGACCCGGCAUGCAGGCGGGCACCCCCGAGAGCCGCCAGCUCACCAUCGAUCCGCCCACUGCUUCCGCAGCUGCCAGCCCGACUAGCAACGGCAGCGGCCCCGGCCACGGACUCGCCAGCGGAGCGCUCAAGCGGACCAUUACGGCAGCCGCCAACGCGGCCGCGCUCGAAAAGCAGUCGAGGUCGCGCGCCGGCAGCCCGUCUGCCAUCAAUCGCGGGCUCGUCAUGGCCAGCGGCGGAGCGGGAUCGUCGUCGAUGUCUGGUGGCUCCGAUGCCGAGAUGCAGGACGCCGAAGCCGCCAGCAGCGAUGGAUGCGACGCGGCCGAGCGCGGCGGCCCGCCCAGCAAGAGGCAGCGCAGCUGCACCGAUGGGACGGCCAACGCCGCCAACGCCGCCGCCACGACGGAUGUCCAGCGAGCCUCGGCUGUCGGUGUCGGUGCUGGUGCCGUCGCCAGUGCACAGGCUCCGCCCGCCGCCGCCGCCGCCUACAAGACGCGACCUUGGAAGUCGGUCUACUGCGAACGGCUGGCCAUCGAGCGCAACUGGCGGCGCGGACGCUACGUGUCGCGCACCCUGACCGGACACACCGACGGCAUCAUGUGCCUGCAGUUCAGCGAGCAUCUCGCCCACCCGGCCUUCCCCGUCGUCAUCACGGGCAGCUACGACCGCACCGCGCGCAUCUGGAACCUCGAGACGGGCGAGCAGCUGCGCAAGCUCGAGGGCCACACGCGCGGCGUGCGCUGCCUCCAGUUUGACGAGGCCAAGCUCAUCACCGGCUCCAUGGACCGCACGCUCAAGAUCUGGAACUGGCGCACGGGCGCCCUGAUGCGCACCCUCGAGGGCCACACCGAGGGCAUCGUCUGCCUCAACUUCAACGAGGACACCCUGGCCAGCGGCAGCGCCGACAGCAACGUCAAGAUCUGGAACUUCCGCACGGGCGAGUGCUACACGCUUCGCGGCCACCACGACUGGGUCAACGCCGUCACGCUGUGGACCGGACCCGCGGCCAAGAGGCGCCUCGAGCGGCGACGCGAGGCCGCCGGCGCCAGCAAGCCGGGCGGCCGCUCGGCCCGAGCCGGCGGCGGCGACGACGACGACCCCGAGGCGGCGGGCACGUUCCUCUUCUCGGCCUCCGACGACGGCACCAUCCGGCUGUGGGAUCUCGGCCUGCGCGAGUGCCUGCUGACGUUUGACGGCCACGUCGGCCAGGUCCAGAGCCUCAAGCUGGUGAUGAUGGACGAGUCGGCGCGGCCCGUGCUGAUCUCGGGCUCGCUCGACAACACGCUCAAGGUGUGGGACGUGCGUACGGGACGGUGCCUGCGCACCCUCUUUGGGCACGUCGAGGGCGUGUGGUCGCUCGACGUCGACAAGCUGCGCAUCGUGUCGGCGAGCCACGACCGCACCAUCAAGAUCUGGGACCGCGACAGCGGCUUCUGCCAGAACACGCUCGUGGGCCACAAGGGCGCCGUGACGUGCCUCAGCCUCGGCGACGACAAGAUUGUCAGCGGCAGCGACGACGGCGACAUCAAGGUGUGGAGCUUUGCCGCCGCCUGUCAGCAGGCGCAGUCGCCGGCGCAGUCGCAGCAGCCACCGCCGCCCUCGACGGCCUAG